CCACUUUCUAGGGCUCUAUGUUAACCCACAGGAAUAUUAUCGCGAGUCGUAGUUGGAUAUUGCAUUUUUCCUCUUCGACAACCCCUUCGACUACCACCGACAAAUUUGCUGAGCCAACCGCCCGCCAGCCAAUACCAUCAAGAUGGCGUUCCACAAGUUGGUGAAGAACAGCGCGUACUACAGCCGCUUCCAGACCAAGUACAAGCGCAGACGUCAGGGCAAGACUGACUACUAUGCCCGCAAGCGCCUGAUCACCCAGGCCAAGAACAAGUACGGUGCCCCCAAGUACCGUCUUGUGGUCCGCUUCACCAACCGGGACAUCAUCAUGCAAAUUGUCACCUCCGAGAUCACCGGUGACAAGGUCUUCUGCGCUGCCUACUCCCACGAGCUGCCCGCCUACGGCAUCACCCACGGCCUGACCAACUGGGCUGCCGCCUACGCCACCGGUCUCCUGAUCGCCCGCCGCACCCUCUCCAAGCUCGGCCUCGACAAGACCUUCACUGGUGUCGAGGAGGCCGACGGUGAGUACACCCUCACCGAGGCCGCCGAGACCGACGACGGCGAGCGCCGCCCCUUCAAGGCCAACCUCGAUGUCGGUCUGCACCGCACCUCCACCGGUGCCCGUGUCUUCGGCGCCAUGAAGGGUGCCUCUGACGGUGGCAUCCUCGUUCCCCACUCCGAGAAGCGUUUCCCCGGCUACGACAUGGAGAGCAAGGAGCUCGACGCCGAGACCCUGAAGAACUACAUCUUCGGCCAGCACGUCGCUGAGUACAUGGAGACCCUCGCCGACGACGACGAGGAGCGCUACAAGUCCCAGUUCCAGCAGUACAUCGACGACGACGUCGAGGCCGACGGCCUCGAGGAGCUCUACUCCGAGGCCCACGCCGCCAUCCGCGAGGACCCCUGGAAGAAGCCCGAGCGUGCCAACACCAAGACCAAGGAGGAGUGGAAGGCCGAGUCCAAGAAGUACAAGACCCAGCGCCUCACCAAGGAGCAGAAGGAGCAGCGCGUCAAGGAGCGCAUUGCCGAGCUCCGCGCCGAGUAAACUUUGUUUCCUGUAUGUAGAGAAGCGGGUUUAUGAUGCCUGACUCGGAAGGGAAGGCACGGCGGUUUCUGGCACAGUAUGACUUGGGACAGGCAUUUGACGUUUUGGCACCGACUUUU